AUGAAGUUGUUUGUUUUGCUCAACAUAAUAGCCAUUAUUGGCCUAGUGUCAUCGUCCACCAUUAGCACUACCACUUUGGACAUUGCUGAUGGUCCCCUAGAAGGUCUGCAAUAUGAUACAUAUCGCGCAUUCCUUGGUGUACAAUUCAUUCAACCACCUAUUGGAUCACUACGUUGGAAAUCACCAGUUGCACCUACACCAUGGUCGCCAUCCGUAUACAAUGCCACCUAUGAAAGACCAGGUUGUCCACAGGUUUGUGAGAUGCCAAAUGCAACUUGUCCCAGUGUCACCUCUGAGGAUUGUCUGUACCUCAACGUCUACACACCAUUGGUGACUGACAACACUGAGCUAUUGCCAGUGAUGGUCUUCUUCCCAGGUGGUCGUUUCUCGAUGGGUGCCGCCAGCACCCCACUCUAUGAUGGUGGCAGCUUUGUCAAUCGUUCAAACGUGAUACUGGUCACAACCAACUAUCGUCUUGGUGUUCUGGGCUUCCUAGCCACUGAUACGAUCGCUGGCAACUUUGGAUUCGAGGACCAGCUAAUGUCGUUACAAUGGGUUCAGGCCAACAUCAAGUCAUUCGGUGGUGACCCUACUAGAGUCACUGUGUUUGGUGAGUCGGCAGGAGGCACCUCAUCAUCCAUUCACUUGACGUCACCGGCCAGCGCUGGUCUCUUCAGCAACCUGAUCAUCGAAUCCAAUCCAUGGGCACUGCCAGUCAAGACAGCCAAACAAAUGUAUCCACUGGCCGAGAAGUUUGCCAAAGACCUCGGCUGCAAGGUUACUGAUGAUGCCUGCAUGAUGGCCAAGACUGUCGAUGAGAUCACCAUAGCCCAAAACACCAGUGAGAACUCAUUCAGUGUUCUACAUCCGCUGUUUGCCUUCUUGCCAUGGACACCAAUUGUUGAUGGCAAGCUGAUUCUAGACCAACCACUGGCUAUGCUUGAGAAGGGUAACUUCAACAAGGUUCCAGUGUUGAUGGGCACAGUUCAGGAGGAGGCACUGAUCUUUAUUGCUUCUGUCUCAACAAACAUCAACAGCUUGGAGUAUCACGCUGCACUUGUCGACAUCUUUGGUAGAUAUUCAAUUGGAAUUGAUGAAUUGUACAAACCCUUGGUGAAUGGAUCAAACUACGAGGGACUUAUGACCACUAUCGGAACAGACUAUAUCUUUGUAUGUCCAACUCGUAGAGCUGCCGUUGCAGUUGCUCAAGCAGGACUACCAGUGUUCCAGUACCAGUUCAUUCACGUAUCAUCGUUUGAUGCCUAUGGACCAGCAUACCCAAUGUGUGUUGAUGCCGUGUGCCACGGAAUGGAGCUCCCCUACGUAUUCAACACGGUCACAGCCACGGGACAGUUCACGUUCACACCAGCAGAGCAACAGCUCUCCUAUGACAUGAUGGCCUACUGGUCAAACUUUGCAAAGACCAGCAAUCCAAAUGUGAACACUGGCUCUGGCUUCACACCAGCUCAGCCAUGGACAAUGUACAGCGCUCAGGGUGACUCUACGUUGAUCUUCCAAACACCGACUACUCAAACUACAGGACUGAGAGCACAUUACUGUGACUACUUUGAUACGAUUGGUUAUGAGAUAUGGUAA